CAAUGUGAACGUGAAAAUGCAAGCAUCACAAACCAUUUGCAUAAAGCGAAAAUAGUUCUAAGAGCAACAAUUAUUCCCGAAGUAAAUCAUGUUAUGCAAAUAAAAGUGAGUUGUGCGUGACUCCUGAGUCGUAGCCUUUCUUCAGAGGUUAAAAACAACUUCUCUGGAGCCAUCUUCUUGAAGAAAGGAUCUCUGAUCAUUCCGGCCUGUUAUCAGGAAGCGGUAAACUAGCAACGAGCUGCAUCUUUGGGAACCUAAAUUACUCACUCUGGGUUGUCAACAAACGUCAUCAAUGGCUCGGUGCAGUUAAAAGAUGGAGAACCUGUACAGAAAUGAAUGUGCAGCUUUGAAGGACACAUUUGGUUGGUGCUUCUUGAGAGACUGAAGGCUUUUGCUUCUAACACCUCAUGGAAAUUAGUUUUGGGAGUGUUUGGAUAGUUUUUCUUCAUCUCUCAUAAGUGAUGCCUUCAGCACAUGGACCACAUCAUUUCAUCAUGGAAAGACAGAAAGCAAUGAAUAGUGUAUCUUCAACACAAUAUGGUGGCGAUCCAUGUACCUUCAUCUGCACCGAGUGUGGCGAAGGGUUCACUCAUUACGCUCAAGUGUUAGCCCACAUGACCAUUCAUGGACCUUUGGAAUCAUUUUCCUUUGAUGGCUCAUCGAACGGAUUUGAAGUCCCUCGAGAAUACGUGCUGCAAGAAAAUGGCACACUUGCAGUUUUAAAUGGCUAUUCAGUGUCUCUUUCCCCUGUGAAACCACCAUCGCCUGGAGUACAGCCAACUAUCACACCCGCUGCUAAACCGUUGUCUCCUGAUCCAAAGCCGCAGUCCAUUCCAGAACCAAUUAUCCCGAAGCCGUUGGAUUUGAAAAAUGCAAAGAAAAACCAUCCCCAGGUCGAUUACCGUUGUGAAAUAUGUAGUAAAUCAUUCAACAGUUUGCAAAGUUUACAUUGUCACCAUCAAUAUAGAAACACAGAGCAAAACUACAGGUGUACUUUGUGCUGCAAGAUUUUUGAAGGUCGACAAGCGCUGGAAACGCACCUCCAUGAACAUGCACGAGACCGGUUCCAUUCCUGUAGGUAUUGUGGAAAGCGAUUCAUCAAAGCAUUUGCUUUGGUUGCUCAUCAAAAAGAAAAUCACACAACCGUCACUGUUGGAAAUUCAGAGAACAAUGAGGAAAACAAGUUACCCAAAAUGUAUUCAUGUCGGAAAUGUAAGUUAAAUUUCUUUUGGAUGUCAGAUUUUCAGACUCACGCACAACACUAUUGCAAAGGUAAAGCAUCUAAUGCUACAUUUGCGGCGGAAAAUGAAGUGAAUUCGAAAGAUAAUGAUGACGGACGACAUGAAAACUGUUACAGUAAUGGUAACUUCACUGACCUUAAGAAUGGUGAUGAAAGGAGCAAUAAAAUGACGAGCAAUGUUGGCACUACGCACUCUGCAACACCAUACAGAUGUGGCUUAUGUGGGGAUUGUUUCUCAAAUUUAACCACUCUUAAAGAACAUCACCGCACACAUCGGCUGAAUCAAGAAAUAAUCACCCAAAAGCCAAAAAUAGCAAUUAAAGCUAGACGUAGAAGGGCAAAAAAUACAAAUGGAAAACUAUUUCCCUGUAAACUUUGUCAUCGUGUCUUCAAUCAUUCAAGCAGUUUGUCAAGACACAUGAGAUACCACAAGGGCACUAUGCACAAAUGUAAAUUUUGUGGCAGGCAUUUCUCACAGCGCUGUGAUCUAACGAGGCAUCUAAAUAUGAAUCACACAGCUGAAAUGGAAAAGAAACCGGGAUCGAAGCACUUGCUAUUGAGGACAGAGAGACAAAAUUUAAUCAAUAAAUCGACUGCACCAAAAGUAGAACGAAAUGGGAAGAGAACAAAGAAAGCUGGCCGAUUCAACUAUAAGUGUCAAGAGUGCGGCAAGAGAUUUGGGCUUGCUUACGUUUACCGGCGUCACUUGCGCCAUCACAAAAGAUGUCGCAAUAAGUGUCCCAUAUGUCCUGCUAAAUUCAUAAGCGCUUCCUUACUUAAGGUUCAUAUUAGGAAUCACCCAAGUGGUUGGGAAAAAACAGAUGUGGAACAAUCAUCUCGUGCGACUGACACAAGUGGAAAGACUGUGAAGGGUCAUGCUGAUAAUGUAGAGGAUGAUGACUUGGUGGGCCACACCCCAAAUGAAAAAGGAAAUUCCAAUGUUGUAUAUGAAUGCACUGAGUGCAUAGAGACAUUCUCGAGCUUGGAGAUGUUUCUUCAACACCAGACCUCUCAUGGCACAGAGAAUAAGGUGUAACUGACCUGUAUGUAUUCUUAUUGCCAGGAAUGGACCCAUCAUGAGUUAAGCGUUUUCUUGCAUGUAAUUGAUUUCAUAUUUUGGCAACAUUUAGAAUAGGUCUGUCUUUUAUACAACUUUCUGUAGUGUGAUGAUUCUUUUGUUGAACAUAAGAACAUGUACAAAAGGUUCGGCAGUGCUAAUAUGCAGAGUUAAAUGUCUGAUAUUUGCUUGGUGAACAAUGUCUCGAACAGUCAAAUGUUGUGGUUUACCAGAAAAUUCCACUUGAUACCUGAAGCAAUUCACUUACUUUCUAUGGAAAAGUCAGACAACACAUUUUCUGUGUAGUUUUUAUACUUUGUUAUAUUAUGUUUUAGGAAAAAAAUGGAUGAAUAUUCAUUGUGGGUUUUUUUUGUCUCCAAUUAAAAUUAUAAAGAGAAAUUACUGGAAUUUGUCUACUUU